AUGCACACCAGAUCCAAAGGACGAGACAACCUCCUAAGUACAAGCGAUCUUGACAAAGCAGAGCAAAACAAACGGUCACGCAGAGUUACUUCGCGAACCAGAAGACAAGAGGUUCCGGACAUGGCAGCCCAACCCCAACAGGAAGGAUUCCCACCCGGACCGGAACAACAAGGUGGUCAGCGAAACAAUCCACCUCUGCGACCUCACCGUCAAAUAGGUGCCGGCGAUGCACCUAACACUCACGAAAACCGUCAAGGCAUAGCCCCGCCGAAUGUGCACAACAACUUCGAAAUCAAACCGCACAUUCUGCAUCAAGUCCAACAAAAGAUCUAUCACGGUCUACCUGAGGAAGACCCGUUGGACCAUCUUGACGAGUUUGACAGAGCAUGUGAUUUGAUCACACAGAAUGGGGUAAGCGAAGACGCAACCAAACUUCGUUUAUUCCCAUUCUCACUUGAUGGCAAAGCUCGCCAAUGGUUAGCCUUUGAGUAA